AUGUCUCUUCCUACCUUCUCUGAUUUUGAGUACGGCGAUUCUAUCCCUGAUGAUGAUUGGGAAUAUAACGUUCCGCCGCCUCCGCCUACACCUGUCCCUGCUUCAAGGCAAAAACGGGGUAAAGGAUGUCCACCACCAAAGUCCCGCAGGAGAUUACAAAGGGAAGCCGCCCGCAGACUCCGCAUCCUAGACGAGAUGGACCGUUUAGCCCAAUUUGGCACGGAAUGCUGGUAUUGCCACAUUCUGGGACGUGCUCGCCGUUGA